GCGUCGACUCACUUAACCUCAGCUGUUGUCAGGUUUAGAGUGACAACACUUACAACACUUUGAGUGCCAUUGAGUGCAACAAAGGAUUGAAGAGUUAACUAAUUUGUUGAUUAAUUGGGGCAUCAAUUGAGUGAUAGUUUUGGUGAUAGUUGUGGUGUGAGUUUGGUUUGGCCACAAACAGACAUGUCGUCGGCAAUCGGUGCCUGUUGUGGCACAAAGAAGCAAAAGAUCAAUAAUAAUUGUAAUGACUUGAAGCCAAACCAUCACCACAAUGGCUAUAAUGGUAUCUGUAAUGGUAUUGAUGGUACAGAUGACCGAAAUGCCGAUUCAAUGGUCAAGAUGUCUGUGGCCAAGCAAAUGAUUGUCACCAAUGAAAUGUGUUUCUUUUGUUUUGAUGUCCUCUCCUCACACCUCAAUCAUACGGAACCACCGAAGAUACCCAACUUUCCCAAUGAAUGCCAUCCACUGUUCGUCACGUGGAAGAUAGGAAGGGAUAGACGUCUUAGAGGAUGUAUCGGCACUUUCAAUGCUAUGAACCUUCAUAUAGGACUUCGUGAAUAUGCUAUGACCAGCGCACUAAAGGACAGUCGGUUCAGUCCGAUAACUCGGGAUGAGUUGCCUCGCCUAUACGUUUCGGUAUCAAUUUUGCGUCAUUUCGAGGACGCAAACAAUUACAACGAUUGGCAAAUCGGUGUUCACGGCAUUCGCAUUGAAUUUGUUACCGAAAAGGGCUCCAAACGUACGGCCACUUAUUUGCCCGAAGUAGCGCCUGAACAGGGUUGGGAUCACAUUCAGACUAUAGAUUCAUUACUACGAAAGGGUGGCUAUAAGGGUGUCAUCGAUAACGAUGUUAGGCUUUCUAUACGACUGACCCGAUAUCAGAGCGAAAAGAUAUCAGUCAGUUAUCAGGAGUAUAGAGACUAUUAUACUAACAAACGUUGUUAACAACGAUUUUGCUUUAGUUUUAUAACUAAAGCAAAUUAUUUUACACUAAAUGAAUAUAAAUUACUGUAAAACUUAUAUUUAGCGCUCUUUUCAUAUACUAAGCGCUCAUUGGCUGAAACUAAGCAUUGAGUUCACCCAUUGAUGUAUUGUCUAACAAAAUGGUUGUUACGAUCGACUCUUGAGUUUAUUUACAUAUUAUUAUUAUUAUAACUAUUAUAUGAUUAACCCAUUUAUUAUUAUUAUU